GUUGCUAACUUCAGGUUUGUUUUGCAGCUGCCAAAAGUCCGGUCACCUCAAAACGAUUUUUACAAUUUUCUUUAAUUUUUAGUGAAUCUCAAAGUUUAAAAUAGAGUGAGUGAGUGAAAAAAGCUCCUGAGGACACAAUGAAUGAUCCAAAUAAGAAAAUUGAUGUCAACAUAUCGUCGCUACUCAGCCUCAAGGCGGAACUUCUGCGAAAGCAACAGGAAGUAAGUGUUGCCAAGGAGACCCAAUCAAUUGCAACAUUUGUCCCCAAAAACUUCCCAAAGGCAGAGAAAAGCACAAAAACCAGCAAAGAUUCCCCUCAAAUUCAGACAGAAAUUGAGGAUUCUGAGAUGCUUAAUAAGUCCAAGAGGAUUCUGGAAGCUAAAGCAAAGUUUUAUGACAAAAUGACUGCUUCUGGAGGAUCUCUCAAUUCAGACGACAACUGCCUGGUGAUGUUUAAUAAGAAGAAACAGGACAAGAAGGCUGAGAGAGCUCCGAGUACUUCUUCAUCGGAUGACGAUGAGGGGCUCCUGACGGAAGAUCCCAAAAGCGACGAUCCCCAGGAAGAUUGGGUUGAAUACACUGAUUGCCUGGGUAGAACCAGAAAGUGCCUCAGGAAGGAUUUGGAAUUUUUCAAAAAGAAAGAUUUGUCUCUCGCUGAGAAUCUUCAGGAGAGAUUAGCUCAAAAGGAGGAACCACAGUGGAUAAUCGAUAGGACGGGAGAACAAAAGGAUGUUCCGUCUGAGGGAAUAGAUGAUGAAGUAGCAGAGGAGGAGGAAGAGGAAGACGACCUCCUCAAGACGGGUCGGAAACUGCAGCAAAUGCGCGAGGAGUGGGAGAAGAAGGAGUCGGAGAAUACGAAAAAGGAAUUCGUCCACUACCAAGACGUUCUCUUUGACGAGGCAAGGACUCAUGGCGUUGGGUAUUACCAAUUCUCCACGGAUGAGGAAGAACGAGCAAAGCAGCAGAAGGAGCUCGAAGUACAACGCUUGGCAACACUUCGUGCACAGAAAGAGCGGGAAGAACAGCGACAGGCACGAGAUAGGAUCAUUAAAGAGCGUGUGAGGGCAGCAAAGAAUCGCCAGCGAGCUCGCCUUGGACUACCACCACUUGGGCCGGAAGACGAUGAGCAACCCAAAGAGGAAGAUGAGGAAGCCAUCAAACGUCGCGAGGAGGAGGAAGAAGCCAAGCGGGCGAAAGAGGAGGAAGAGAAAAAGCGUAACGAGGAGAGACAACAGCACAUCCGUCCAUGGGACAAGGACAAAUCCACAGAUGAUGAACCCAAAGAGUGGGAAUAUAAACCAGAACGUGAGCCCAUGAGUCAGGAGCAAUGGGUUGAGCUGAAGCGCCAAGAGAGACCUCAGGAAUUUGCUCCAGUUGAGCAGCCCAGAAGUAAUUUUGCUGCAGAGACAGAGGAACGUGAAGAAUACUUUGAAGAUUCCAAACAACUGUAUUUCACCACGAAGAAAAAUCCACAAUUCCGGAAGCGCAACUACGUUCCUGAACCUCCUCAAGUGUCUGUGCCAAUAAGGAAUGAGCUAAGUGAUGAUAGUGAUGACGAAAGUGGGAAGAAACGUGCAGAAAUUCCUCCACCAGCUACGUAUGAUUACUACGGACCCAGCUCGAGUAAGCAAUCUCGUGGCCAGAAGAUGUCUCAGGUGGAUCUUGAGCAGUCCAUUGAGGCUGGAUUGAAGUUUCUCAGGGAUCAGAGCAGCAAGGGAGGGAAUAAAAACAAAUGGGCAGCCAAUUCGGAUUAUUGAGAAAUUCAUUUUAUUAAUAAAAAUUACGAAAA